AUGAUGAGCGUCAGUGGCCAAAUGCCCAAAAUCGCGCUGCGACCUGGGCUCGUCGCUCUGGAUACCCAAGAAGAGACAGCGUUUGAGAAUCAAACGGCAACAAUUCCUCCUUUUGACCCAGAAUUUUAUGACGAUCGCUCAAACUGGACCAACACGUAUGAUCCAGAACAGAUCGACAGUGAUUUCAAGUGCCAAUAUACGCCAGAAAACGAAACUGAACUGGCCAUCGCUAGUGGAAUUGCAGAUUUUAUACUCACACCAGUGGAAAAAGCAGACAAGUCCUGCAGUUUUGAGGGAGCCGACGUGACGGACUUUGGGUACUUGGGGCCGAGCAUUCCAAGCCAAGAGCCGAGUUUCCAAGCUCAGAACGACGAAGAGAGACAAGCUUUGAAAACUGCACAGUUCAGCAAUUCAGAACUAAACGAACCCAUAUUUAUUCGAGGACCCUCAUUAACGACUAAUCGCCAUAUUGAGGCUAUAAAACCGCUACUUCGAAGGCCAGAAGUUGGUGUGAUUUGCAUUGUCAGAUUCGAUCCGAAUCUGGCCGCUCUUCAUGGCGCCCUACCUGGAAUCGCCAAAGUGAGUGACCAAAACUACUUUCUGUUGCAUCUGCACUACAAUUAUUUGGUAUAUGCUGCUAGAGCUUUAAGGUGGACCUCUAGCAUCAGUUACAACAAGAUCAAGCAGGGCCUUGACGACGUCUGUCAGGUCAUAGACCGUCAGGUCCCCCACAACCUUCAGGUCACCAUUUAUCCACAAGGGACUUUUACUAUUACAGCCAAACCUACUCUUCAACGCGACAAUCUUCUAAGUGGAAUCUUCGGACAUGCGUCCAAGGAGCCGGAGCUCGAUGAACUGACGAGAAAACUAGCUGAUUUGAAAAUGACCCAAGAGCGACUCCCCCAGUAUGUAUACCAUUUGUUUUGGGAUACAGAGUCUACAACCACUAGUUUUCACACAACGUUCAAGACUACUUACAAGGAUCAGUUCGAUAUCGCAAGGAUAAGAACGCUUCAGAGCGUCAGUGAGAAGGACCUUGUUGACGUUGUAACAUUCAACUCAAGCUACGGAGUAAUCUGCGGCCGUGACAUUUGCAUUGCUGUAUAUCGUGAUGAAAAGUGGUAUACACCUGCGUUCACUGAGGGGGCUAUGUGCGAUCCCAUGCGUUAUGUGCUUUUGGCAGCUGGUCUGAUAGUGGAGGCCCCAAUUAAAGCGUACGACAUCCAGGAACACGAAGAGGUGAUAGUGUUCAACGCAUCAAUUGGUGUUCUUAGAGGUGUAUUUAUGAAUGCUCCCCCGGCUGCUCCUCUAAAGAGACGGAGAAAGUUGACCAAACCUCACACGCUUGAGCGACGCACUGCAAGCAAAAUCAUCAGCGAUCAACAAAAUGCCUUCAAGCAAACAAAAUUCCUGGCACGCAAGUAUUGA